ACUUGGAGACAUCCCAACCACACAGUGCUAACCGUGCCAGAGGCUGUUUCCCAGCUGCCGCAGGUGGGGAGCUGGAGAGCAGGGGCAGCUCCCGGCACAGAGGUGCCAGCAGGGUUUCUGCGUCCUUCUUCCUGCUGGACAGGUGUGCAGUGCCGGGGCGUUUCCAUGACCUUCAGCAGCCUGCGGGGCCGAGGCCGGCAUGCAGCGUGCAGGCGGAGGGCAGCCCCGCCAGCUCACACCUCGGUUACACUCCCGCAGCUCGGGCAGGGCAGCACCGCCCGCUCGGCCCCGGCGUGCGCGCCCCCAGCCCCAGGGAACGCAGCGCUGCCGCGCCCCGGCCCGCUCCCACAGCCCGCCCGCUGCUCGCGGGAGGAGCGCAGAGCGGAGCGGCUCCGGGGGCGGUGCCGUGCUGCCGGCGUGGGGCGGGCACCGGCACCGACACCGGCACCGGCACCGGCACCGCCCCGCCCGCCGGGCUGCGCGCCCGCGGAGCCGCCCGCGGCCAGCGCCUGCCGCGGGUCCGGCUGCGCCGGGGGCGCCGGGGCUGCCACAGAGCCUGCACCGCGCCGAGCCCGAGCCGAGCCGUGCCGUGCCGUACCCUGCCCAGCCGUGUCCAGCCGAGCCGUGCCGUGUCCUGCCCAGCCGAGGCGAGCAGCACCGCGCCGUGCCGGCAGCGCCUCGCCACGCUCCGGCGGCCGCCCGGGCUCCCUUGCGCAGCCGCCCGGGGCAGAUCGGCGGGAGUUGGCUCGGCCGUGAGGAGGCGGCGAGGCCGAGCGAGGCUCGGAACUGCCCCAGAAGUUUGCUGGCAGGACCUGUUCCGUUUAUUGGCAAAGUCUUCAGCCUCUCCUCAGAGGAAUACCGCGUUGCCUAAGAUGAGUGGCUGUAGGAAGCGGUGUAAGCGGGAAAUAAUGAAAUUUGCCCAGUACCUUCUCAGGCUAAUCACAGGUUCUCUUCACACAGACACUGUAGAAGAUGAAAUGGAAAUGGCCACAGUACGACAUAGACCUGAAGCUCUUGAACUGCUGGAAGCACAGAGUAAAUUCACAAAGAAGGAACUUCAGAUCUUAUAUAGAGGUUUCAAGAAUGAAUGCCCCAGUGGUGUUGUCAAUGAAGAAACCUUCAAAGAGAUUUACUCUCAGUUCUUUCCACAGGGAGAUUCCACAACAUAUGCACAUUUUCUGUUUAAUGCAUUUGACACUGAUCACAAUGGAUCUGUAAGUUUUGAGGAUUUUGUUAUGGGUCUCUCAAUUUUACUCCGAGGGACAGUACAGGAGAAACUGAACUGGGCUUUCAAUUUGUAUGAUAUAAAUAAGGAUGGAUAUAUAACUAAAGAGGAAAUGCUUGAUAUCAUGAAAGCAAUAUACGACAUGAUGGGAAAAUGCACCUACCCUGUUCUCAAAGAAGAUGCACCUAGGCAACAUGUGGAAACAUUCUUCCAGAAAAUGGACAAGAACAAAGAUGGAGUAGUUACCAUAGACGAAUUCAUUGAGAGCUGCCAGAAAGAUGAGAAUAUAAUGCGAUCCAUGCAGCUCUUCGAAAAUGUGAUUUAAUGAAGACAUUAGGUCUACAAAUAAUGGACAAAUAUGAGCUAUUCUGCAACAUUAUCUAAAAAAUGGAUUUCCCCCUUUAUCAUAAAUAAAAUUACUCAGCUUUAAACUGAGACAUGUAUUAUGCAAGUAAAUUUUUUAUUAUAAACUCUUCCCAACAAAAAACCCUUUCUAAAUUAUACAAUCUAGCACUUCCACAGUGGCUACUUAGUUAAUAGGACUGUACUAAAAAAACAGGUUCUUACCACAAACUCAGACAAAAUACAACUGACAUUAUGCACCUUUAUUAUCAUUCAAACCCCCUAUCUAUUAAAAUAGAUACAAUCACAAGGAGAUUAAAUAAAUAUUCUUAGUUUUGUUACUCAUUUGUAUUGGACUAAGCUCCAGUGUUGAAAUGUAUUUCUUAAAUCUCUAAGUUCAAAUUUAUACAGAGGCUUUACAAUUUAUUUUCUUCUUGUAUUUCUAUGGUGUAGUCCUCCUUUUUGAAUAAUACUUUGAGUUAAAAUACUCUAGUCAAUGUGCAAAGCACACCUUGCUACAAUUGCCUUCUGACUUUGACUUGUUUUUCUCUUCAGAAAACCCCCAAAAAACCCAAACAUAACAGAUAACUUGAGAGCGAAAGCUGUUAUAGAAAAAAAAAAUACUUAUGGAUAUUCUUAUUCCCUAAAAAAUAUGAGUAAGCUUCUCUAAAUCUCACCUAAUAAAUCAGCACUUAAUUUAUCAGGACAUGAAUAUCAGGAGUCCUACAUACUGUAUUUUUAAUUCUUGGAUGUGUCUGCAAAGUUCUUUGCUUAAAAUUAAGGAUCUUCUGAUUUUUCACAAAGAAACCUUAUCUGGAUCCUAACACUGCUUUCCCAAGUAUGUGUCUUUCUGCCUUUAAUAAAGAAAAAGGCAUGACCUUUUGAAACUGCCAUCUCACUUUAGUGCUGAGAAUGAACAUCACUACAUAGUAACAUCUACUAAUAAUGACUGCUAGAGGCUAACAUCCAUUUCAUCUUUUUCUAAUACCUUUAACUAUGAGACAGAACCAGGAAAACAAUGAAAACUUUAGCUGUAUAUUAUCUAUACGUGAUAAAUGCUUUACAUUUUUUAAGAUCAUUUCUUCAUUAAGAUUGGAGCUACUUAAUUCUGAACCUAGAAAUAUUCUUCUAAAAAAGUAUGCAUAUAAAAAUAUAACACUGCCCCUCCAUCCAUGUAAUUUUUAAGAUAUAUUGUCCACAGAGUCUACGCAAAUACUUCAAAAUAGGUGAAAUGCUAUCAGAGAUAGGCCAACCUUCAUUGCGACAUUGCUGCAGAAAGUGUGAAAGGGGAUUAAUGAAGUAGAAAGAAGGUUACAAGAAUUCUUUUGUAAAAAUAAAUCAGGUAUCUAUUCUGGUGUAGAGAUGGGAUGUUAGAGGCAUGUUGAAGGCUGCUCUGCUAUCACCAGUGUAGGAUAAGAGUAGUACAAUACAUGUACACCUGAAAUCUGCUGUAGCGUGUUUGUGUAAACUAAAUGUGCACAUUUUGUAAAAAAAAAAUAAAGUAAACAUGAAGAAAAAAAG